GCUAAAGCGACGUGUCCUUGUCCCCCGUGGGCAGCCCCGGCGCGUGCAGCUGCGGAUCUCCAGUUCCAAGGGCCUCCCUGAGAGCCACCACCUGCGGGGACAACUAGCCUGGAGCCAUGAAGACCAAGAACCGGCCCCCCAGGCGCCGGCUGCCCCCGCAGGACACAGAGGCCACCGCAGGGGAACGGACCCCGGACAGGCCCCAGCAGGGGUCGGGGCUGGAGCUGGCCAAGGGUCUGCGGAGCAGGACGGCGCGGGCGCAGGGGGCGCGGGCGGAGGGCGGGCGCCGGCGGCCGGGACCCUCGGGGCCCGGUGGCCGGCGGGAGAGCAGCGUCCAGCGGCGGCUGGAGAGCAACGAGCGGGAGCGGCAGCGCAUGCACAAGCUGAACAACGCCUUCCAGGCGCUGCGGGAGGUCAUCCCGCACGUGCGGGCCGACAAGAAGCUCUCCAAGAUCGAGACGCUCACGCUGGCCAAGAACUACAUCAAGUCGCUGACCUCCACCAUCCUGACUAUGUCCAGCGGUCGCCUGCCAGGCCUGGACGGGCCGGGCCCCAAGCUCUACCAGCUCUACCAGCAGCAGCAGGUGGCUGGGGGCGCGCUGGGGGCCGCUGAGCCCCAGCCCGAGGGCCACCUGCAGAGGUACUCCACGCAGAUCCACAGCUUCCGAGAGGGCUCCUAGCGCCCGGCCUGGGGGUCGGCGGCCGGGCCCGCUCCUCCCGGCCCUGCUGCCUCCGCGCCGAGAGCCCCAGGUUGGAGGCGACGCCCCGCGUGGACGUGGGCCCCGGCGGUGGCUCCAUUUUCCCUGAACACUCAGCUGCCUCCGCGGAGCACGUCCUGGCCUCUAGGGGACAAGACCAGUGAGUGGCCUGGUCCGGGCCAUGGCUCUGGGCCGCAUGAGGCCCAAACCUCCGCAGAGGUCCCAGGACCUGCUUUUUAAUUGACUGAGGCCCCAUUGGACAGGCCUUUGUAACUAAAUUCUCUUCACUCCCAACUCCCUCCUGAGGCAAGGGGAGAUUCCAGGAAAAGGUCAGUUUGGGUAAGUUUCCCCAGUAACUGCAGAGGCCCAGGCUCCGGAAGGGUCCUCCUCCAGCCUGCGAUGUAGCCUCCUCAUUCGGGGUAAACUGAGGCACAGAGCAAGCAGAGCCCACGGCCACGGAGUGUGGCUAAGCCGACAUGAUUGAUGCGUGUAAUUCAGCAUGUGUCCGAUAGAAACCCCAAAACCCCUAGAAAUACUAAUCCGAUUACCUCAAAUUAAUUCUAAAGGGACCUUGGCAGGAAGAGCGGCUCGGACCUUUUCCUCCCUCCGCCUGGGUGGGGGCUCCUGACUGUGGAGGGGCACGCGGCCUGGCACUGCGGGGCCGGAGACAGGUCUGGGAGGGGGGCCGGGAGUCGCUGCCUCCCUCCGCGUCCCACCCAUCAUACUGGUCACUGCCGGGGUCAUGUCAGUGGCAGAGUCUGACAGAACUUCAGGGUGUUCUUGGGCCCUGCUUGGAGUUGGGGGCCCGGCAGGGCUCUUCUGUGGAAAGGAGCCUGGGCUGGCAGGAGCUGCCCUCCCCCACCUGGUGCUGCUCCUUCAAGGCGGGCCCGGGCAGUUUGGCAGGUCCCUGGCCGCCUCAGGCCAAGCUUCCUUCUGUGGCGACAGGCUUGGCGACUUCGCCCUCAACGCCCCCUGGCAUCUCUCCUCCCUCAUCCCUGUGCCCACAGCCAGUAGGGGGAGGGGCCAGGGCAACCUUGGCAGCCUCAGGCAGGAACCCCAGUGACAGGGGCUGUGGGGAGGGUAGGGGUGGCCUGGCAUAUGAGGCCAGAGCUGUCCCCGAGGCGCUGGGGGGCCAAGCCCCUCCUGGGUGGGGGCCCGAGCAGCAUGGGAGCAGGGCUGCCCCAGCGGAGGGCCGCCUCCCACCCUCCCAACCCCGGCGGUCCCGGCCCCAGUCGCUUAAUCCACCGCCAGGCUUGGUGUCAGCGUCAAGGACAGCAGGGAGCAGAACAGCCAUUAGCCCCAUCGGUCCUCACUUUCCAGGUCAGACGCUGGCUGGACCCUCCGCAGGCUCCAUGCCAGGCCCUCUGGAGGGUGGCCCUGGGAGGCCCGGUCUGGCCCCAGCCAUCCUUCAGCACGGUCAGGUGGGGACCCAGGUGCUCCUGGCCUGCCCCUCGGAGGCGGCCACUCGGGAAAGUCCAUGGUCAGGACAUCCUGCCGAUGGGAGCCGAGGUCGGGGGCCGCCUGGAGCUCGGGACUGAUGGGGCCCACGCUCCCUGUGGGUGCCCUGCCGGCCGGGACCCAACACAAGGCCUGCAGAGCUCAGUGCACCCCCGAACUGGCUGAAGGAACCAACAGACUGAGCUGAGGGCACCGGGGGCGGGGGGCGCCCAGCAGAGGCUCUGUCCGGGAGGCCGUGCCCGAUGACCAGGGGUGGUGUGAGGGUCUGUGGGUCACCACCUUGCAGAUGACAGCUUUCAGAGCUCCUUCUGUCCCAGACUGGCACCUGCAUCCGCUCUGCUUCCCAGAGGGUGACGUGGGCCCAGAUGUCUGGUCCUUCUUCCCCUGUGGCCUCAUCACAAAAGACCCUUAAAGGUCCCAGUGGAGCUUUGGGGUGUUAAAUAUGGGGGGGAGGGGAGGGGAAGGGUCUGGUGACGGGCCAGUGAGGCCUGCUGCUGGGUCUGCUCCCUCGGCCUUUGUCUUGGGCCUUCCUGCCCUGCAAGGGCGCCCAAAGCCAGCGACCCCCCAGCCCCGGGCCUCGCACCCACCUGCAGACCGGACCUGCGUGAGCUCUGAAGGCCGAGAUCCCCGCGGACUGGAGCCCAGAAACCAGAACUGCGACUUCUCUGUGUGGGAAAACCUACCCGGAACUGAAUGGCCAGUGCCCCUGCUGUAAUUGCGGUAAAAAUGUUUCUUAAGUGACCCAAAUCUGCUUUGAUUUCUCCUAAUGGUCCCUUCAGAGUACUAAUGAAACCAAUGCUGUGUCAUAAAACAAAAUUAAAAGAUUCUACCACGACUGCUACUGUGGCCCCAGGCUGGACACUCAUGGGGAACUGUGCGUUUUCAUCACAAGGUAGCAAUAAAAAAACUAGCACAUCC